AUGAAUCCAAUGCAUGCUAUGAACUAUAAUGUAUCCCCUGUUGGUUAUCAACCCCAAAACCCGUCUGUAGCCCAGCCCGUUGGAUUCAUAGCGCAUACGGACAGCCAAUAUGAAUCAAAAAUCGACAAUCUUGCUCAAAAAUUAGAUCUUACGUUCCAAAAAUUAAACAAACUCGACAAUAUCGAAUCCAAAAUCAACUCAUUUGAGAACAAGAUGACCGCUGUCACCAAGGAUGUAAAUGAACUGAAAAAAACUGUGCAUGAGCUGGAAAAAAGUGUCAAAUUCACUAGCGAAAAAUUAGAUGAGAGUGAAAAAAAUAAUUCAGAAAUUAAAACAAAAUUACAGAGCAUACAAACUCUUGAAACAACUAACGCCAAUCUUUCUGCCCAAUUGCAAAAAUUAAGUUGUGAAAUGAAUGAUUUGAAUGAACGACAUGUCGACCUACAGUCACGGAGCAUGAGGGACAAUUUAAUCUUUCAUGGAAUUGUCGAAACAGAUAAUGAAAAUUGUGAAGACAAGUUAAAAGAGUUCAUUGCAGAAAAGUUAGACAUAAGGCACACCGUAGAAUUCCAUCGAGUUCAUAGAAUGGGGCGCAGGGUGCACGAAAAAACGAGACCCAUCAUUGCAAAGUUUGUUCAAUUUAAGGAACGGGAACUAGUGCGGAAAUCAGCCUUUACUAAGCUAAAAGGAGAACAAAAUAGAAAUUAUGGAAUCAACGAACAGUUUCCGCGUGAAAUUAAUGAGAAGAGAAAAUUACUCUAUCCUUACUAUAAAUCAGCAAAAAGACAGCAGAAGCGGGCCCAACUCAUAUAUGACAAACUUUACAUCGAUGGCGAAUUAUUCACACCCCCACCCCAAGAUGACACAAACAAUCCACAACUAGAUCCUCCGACACGUUCUGGGCCCACCGAAUCGAGACGGCUAUCAGCAGCGGCACCGACGUUCACACCAAGACCCAGGGGCGGAGGUCGAGGAGGCAAAGGACAGAGGAGAUAG